AUGGCGAUGGCUAGUUCGUUGUCUACGUCUAACCCAAUUCAGCAAACGAUGGCGAUGGCUAGUUCGUGGUCUACGUCUAACCCAAUUCAGCAGCUUCUCCGUUCAUAUAAAGAAGUGGAUAGUGGUAUCAAGGAGUGGUCGAUGAAGCAGUCGCUGCCGGUUGUAGCCAUGGUCGGUUACAUCACGGGCGCUAUAGAGGGAGUUGUCAUCGGAAGUGUCAUGGGAAUGCUAAUUUCCCCGGGAAUGCCGCUUACCCCUGAAACCCUAGUAGCCAAGAGGAGGAUGACUCUAGCUCAGGCAGCUACUUGGGGUGCCAGCGAUCUUUCAUUUAUUUUAGGUGUAAAAGGUGCGAUUGGUGACAUAAUGGAAAAGAAGAGAGGCAAAAAACCUGAUCUUUUGUCUAACAUGGUCGCAGGAGCAGGAUCUGGACUCGCAGACGUUUGGAGACGAGGAGGAACCGGCGACGACGCACUCUUCUCCGCUGCUAAGUAUGCUGUUUCCUCAGCAUUAGGUCACCAGUUGGGAAAAACAUUGAACUGUUUGGUGAGACCUCAGUUGAGAGAAACAAUUAAACAAAGCACCGCAACAAUUAAGUGUUUACCUCAGUUGGGAGAAACAAUUAAACAAAGCACCGCCCAAGACGACGACUCCUUUUACACGCAAUCAAGAGCCAUUCUGUUGAAGCUAGGUCUUGAGGAAUACGGCAAGAACUUCAAGCAUGGACGUCUAACAGAUGCCACUUUGCCAUUGCUCACUGAUAGGGCGCUAAAAGAAGUGAGCAUUCCAGUAGGGCCAAGACUUGUGAUACUAGAUCAUAUCCGAAGAAGAAGAAGAAGAAAUAAGAGGAUCGGUGGAGGAGAUAUGUCGAUUAACAAGAACGGGACAACAAGAAUUGACCUAGAUUCUAAUUAA